AUGCUGUGGCUGGGGGCGACCAUUAAAUGUGACAAUAGAGACGAAUCCUAUGGACCUUUGCUACUCACCGCGGCAGAGGGCAAUAAAGAGAUAGUCAAGCUCCUCCUGGAACACGACCCGAGUAUCGUCCACGCGACAGCCGGGUGUGGAGAUAGAGCGCUCAAGAUUGCAAUUUCUCGAGGGCACCACGAGGUUGUGAAGAUACUUCUUACUCAAUCAAUUCUCGACCCGUCGGCGAAUCAACAAGACCUUGACGAUUUUAUGGGAGAUUUAUAUCACCUCAAAUACAAAACACCGAUGAACGAGGCUCUCGCUAGUGGAAACGAAGAGAUGGCACAAAUCUUGAUGGAGGAUGGGCGAUUCAAGCUGGAUCAUGACAGCCUCUCUGCAGCUUCAGAAGGGGGAAGUGAGAAUCUAGUCAAGAUGUGUUUGCAGGUCUCAUUCCAAGAAGACGAAUACUGGGAAAAGUGCCCGCUCUCUUGUGCCGCAUCCGAGGGACAUGGAAGCAUUGUGAAGCUAUUGUUAGAAGAUGGCAGGCUAGAUCCCAGCGCAAAAGACAGGUAUGGCCGGACGCCACUUCACUGCGCUGUAUCUAGAGGAUUUGAAAAUAUUGUCAGUAUACUCCUCGAUAGAGAAGAUGUCGACCCCGACGUGAAAGACAUGAGCAUGGUGACCCCACUCUCCGAUGCUGCAAAAUUCGGUCAUACGGGCAUUAUAAGGUUACUCCUAGGCUCUAGCCAGGUUGAUCCAGAUACCCGAGAUAUCAUGCAACGUACACCGUUAUCCCAUGCCUCAGUGAGUGGGGAGCCAGCAGCUGUGAGCCUAUUACUUGCGACCGGCAAAGUGGACCCAGAAUCCAAGUGUUGUAUGGGCCGAACGCCAUUAUCCUGGGCUGCCCUUAGCGGAUGCCCCGAUACCUUCAGAGUGUUGCUGGAAACGGGACGUGUCGACCUCAAUUCCGUGGAUGAAGAGGGAAGGACACCCCUAUCAUUGGCCGUCGGAGGUUUAUACUAUACGAACAAAAACAAGACCAACGGUUGGGCACAGGCACUCUCCGAUAUUCGCCAUCUUCUACGAGGUAGAACAGAUCUAGGAUAUCCUCCGAACGCAGAGCCAUGGCAACGGGGGCCACGUGGAGCGCCAGCCAAGCAUGACCCGCUCGAUGUUAUUGAGCAACUUCUCGCGUGCGACGAAGUCACUGUCGAUGCCCCGGAUAAUAGGGGCCAAACACCGUUGAUGUGGGCUGCACAAAGACGCCAGGUGGAGAUGGUCAGACUGCUCAUGGCCACGGGGAAAGUGAAUCCAAUACGACGCGAUGACGAUGGCUGGACACCGGAAACUCAUGCCGAGAAAGGCUGCAAGCCAACAAGCCCUGCUUAUGAUGCGGCCGGCUCGAAUUUGUGGGAAAGCCCGCUUGAUGGACGAUCAUAA